AUGCUGUCCCUCAAACGCGGUCUUCUGCUCCUCGGAGCCCUGAUCCCUCUCAUCGCUGCUGCUCCCGUCCCGCAGGAUGACACAUUCGGCAUCCAGGCCAUUCCUGGAAAGUACAUCAUCACGCUCAAGGAAGGCAUUGCGCCCCCAAAGGCUGAAGCCCACGUCGCCUGGGUGACCGAUGUCCACCGCCGCAGCCUUGAACUCGAGCGCCGUGACGGAAAGAACAAGGCCAACCGCAAGGGUAUUGAGCAGAAGUAUAACGGCACUUUCACUGGCUAUGCCGGAGAGUUCGACGACGCCACCAUCAACGCGAUCAAGGCCAGCGCUGAUGUCGCUGCUGUCGAGAUCGACCAGAUCUGGCACACGUAUGCUCUCACCACCCAGACUGGUGCUCCAUGGGGCCUCGGCUCAAUUAGCCACCGCAACCCUGGUUUCACCAGCUACGCCUACGACACCACCGCCGGCCAGGGCACCUACGCUUACGUAGUCGACACGGGCAUCAACACAGCUCACACCGAGUUCGGCGGCCGUGCUAGCCUGGGCUACAACGCUGUCAGCGGUGUCACCCACGCUGAUCGUGACGGCCACGGCACUCACUGCGCUGGCACCAUAGGCAGCGCCAGGUACGGCGUCUCUAAGAACACGAACCUCAUCUCCGUCAAGGUCUUCGAGGGCAACUCUGGCUCCACUUCCGUCAUCCUUGCUGGCUACAACUGGGCCGUCAACGACAUCGUCAACAAGGGCCGCGCCUCCAAGGCCGUCAUCAGCAUGAGCUUGGGCGGCGGCUACUCUGCGGCCUUCAACAACGCCGUGCAGUCCGCCUUCACCUCCGGGGUCUCGACCGUCGUCGCCGCCGGCAACAGCAACGUCGAUGCCGCCAACACCUCCCCGGCCUCCGCUCCCAACGCCAUCACCGUUGGCUCAAUCCAGUCCAACAACGCACGCUCCUCGUUCUCUAACUUCGGCGCCGUCCUCGACGUCUUCGCCCCGGGCACCUCCAUCCUCUCCACCUGGAUCGGCUCCAACACCGCCACCAAUACCAUCUCCGGCACCAGCAUGGCCUGCCCGCACGUCGCUGGCCUCGUUGUCUACCUCAAGGCGCUCGAGGGCCUCGCCUCGCCGCAGUCGGUCAGGGAUCGCAUUGUUGCGCUCUCCACGACCGGCAAGAUCACGAACGCAGGAGCCGGCAGCCCGAACAGGAUUGCCUACAACGGCAACGGCGCGUAA